AUGGCACGACGAAAUACUAAAGAGCCAGUAGCUGCGUCUAAUUUCACGGUAGCUAUAGUCGGCGGAGGUCUUGUUGGAUGCUUAUCAGCAGUCUACUUUGCAAAGCGAGGUUGGAAUGUCAACAUUUAUGAACGACGUGAAGAUAUCCGAUUGGACACAUCCUAUUCAGGCCGAUCCAUCAAUCUGGCCUUGUCUGUAAGAGGAUUGGCUGGUCUGAAGGGUGCUGGUGUCGAUUCCAUAGUCCUUGAAAACAUGAUACCUAUGAAGGGUCGAAUGAUACAUACUACCAUGGGAGAGCUCAUGUCUCAACCAUAUGGACUCUUUGGUGAAUGCAUCAACUCUGUGGAUCGCAAACUCAUCAACGAGCAUUUGUUGAAUGAGGUUGAGCGCAUGCCAAACGUGAAUCUGUACUUCCAUUAUAAUCUAAUUCAAAGCGACUUUGAUGGAAAGACGCUCCUGUUUGGUCUUAGAGAUGGAACUCAGGUCACAAAACAGGCUGAUUUGGUUGUCGGAGCUGAUGGUGCUUUUUCACGUGUGCGAACUCAACUCAUGCGAGCUACAAGGCAAGUUAUAUAUUAUUGUGGUUAUGUAGAAUUGACCAUCCCUGCUGGUCCAAGAGGAUAUCUGAUGGACUCACACCAUCUUCAUAUAUGGCCGAGACACACAUUCAUGUUGAUUGCUCUUCCCAAUAUCGACAAGUCAUUCACAGUAACACUCUUUAUGCCAUGGUCUGGAUUUGACGCCAUCAAAACCGAACUAGAUCUAGUGACUUUCUUUGAAAAGACCUUUCCUGACGCUCUAGCCUUGAUUGGUCGUGAAUUACUAGUCCAGGAAUACUUUGGUAAUCCAAAAGGCUCCUUGAUAUCUCUAAAAGCAAACCCAUGGCACCAUCUAGAUAGAGUAGUGAUUAUGGGCGACGCAGCUCACGCAAUGGUACCCUUCUACGGCCAGGGUCUGAAUUGUGGAUUUGAGGACUGUCUAGUCCUAGAUACAAUCCUGUCCAAACAUCUAGGAACACCUGGAUCAUCAGGAUCUACAAACCCAACACCCGUAGCAUUAAGUGCAGCAUUAGCUGAAUUCACAUCCGUACGACAACCAGAUGCUGAAGCUAUAUGUGAUCUGGCAAUGCACAACUUUGUUGAAAUGAGUGCAUCGGUAGUUGAAUGGUCGUAUCUGUUGAGAAAGAAGGUGGAGGGGUGGCUGCAUCGUCUCAUGCCUGUAACCGUUAUACCUUUAUAUACCAUGGUCUCGUUUACGCGUAUACCGUAUAGUGAUGUUGUGAGAAGGUGGAAGAGACAGACAAGGUGGUUGAAUAUUGCUGGGUACGCGGGAUUAGGUCUUGCUUCGGCGAUAACUUGUCUUGGGUUUGCUGUAGCGUGGAAACGGUCUGAUGAUAUUAGAGAUGUUGUUGAAGAGUAUGCUGGGAAGAUAAUACCACGAUUUUGA